AUGGCCACGCAUCCUCAACCCUCAGGCCCGUCGUCUCUGUCUCGGCUUUCUCGUCUUGGUAUCGCAUUUGGGUUGAAGCCUGGUCCUUCGACGGCAGUCCCUCACAUUAACCCUUCUCCGACUGAAGACUGGUAUAUUCCUUACAACGGGCCAUACGAAAAACCACAUAGCUUGAGCGCUCCACACGACAGAGAUAGUUGGGGAAACCUUGUUAGUGGGUGGUUGGUUGACGAGGACGACGACAAGCGUGGUGAUCGAAUUAGCCGUCCCAUUCGUGCUCGUGCCGUGUCCAGCGCUUCCCGUCUGUCUGUCGCUUCUGGAGAUCUUGAAACAACCCGUAGGAGCUUGUCUACUCGCCGUGCGGCGGGUGCCUCUCAGGUUGGUGGUGUAGGCGAGGCGCCGAUGCCCAUGCGGCCGUCGCAAGACCAUCCCAGGCCACCAGAGGUUAACCGGAACAGUUUCGCGAACAUUCUCGGGUUUAGACACACCUCGAAGAGGGGGUUGUCGCUUCAUCAACCGGCGUCUGCUGAGGAUCUCAGGAAUGCAUCUUCGUCUCGCGUUCAUAGGUACGGAGAGGCAGAAGGAAAUGGUCCCCUACCUCGCCCACACCCGUAUUCGUAUGCCUCAGGCUUGCCCACAGAUGCCUCUUCGUCUGCCUCUGCCGCAAAAGCUCGGCCCUCGCCAACGUCCAAGUUCUCAAUCACACUACUCGAGCCAAUGAUACGGAAGUCCUCUGGCCCAGCGAUGCCCAACUACCUGAAACCCGCCCACAGACCACCAGGACGCAGUCUUAAGGUGUCGACGUCGACGCCGAACCUUCGUCGACAGCGUGGAAGUCCAUCUCCGUUCUCUGUCGCCCUACCGAAAGGGAAGCAACGCUGGUUGUCCGCCGAGACGUGGUGUGACGCGAUUCUCUUGCCACGUCCGCGCUUUACAAUGCGCGUGACAGACACUGGGGCGAAUGUCGCGAGCAGUGGUCGAAUCGUAAGUCCCCCAGGAAGUCCUAUAUGGCCGCCCGGGACAGGCCCCGGUGAGCAAGUAGAAUCACCGACAGAGGCUGUUAGUGUGUAUGAACGAGGAGUGCAGGAAUCCACUCAACGCCAGCGUCGUGAUGUUAGAAAGUCUCAAUCUGCGUCUCAGUUGGUGUUUGUACGUCCCCCUUCUCCAGAGAUUGUGGAGGCCCCUCGACCAGUGGUACCUCUCCCGCCUGGGCCACUCGUUGCAUCAAGUUCACGACCACCGAGGCCCAAAAGCUUCGCGUGGGACGAUCUUGCGAUUCCAAGUCCUGUCCCAUCUUUGACCAAGGUUCUGGAAGAUGGCAGACAGUUAGAAGUGGAGCGCAAGGAAUGGCAGUCGUUGGCAACGCGUUCAUUCCAGAACAAGCGCGCGAGGUCGGUAUCGCGGGCGCGCGCGAAAUCGCUCACGAGCAGCCGCGUCCGUCUGCGCGAUACACCCACGACGCUCGACCUUCUGGCGGAACGGACCCUGUUGGGAGGCCAGACGCGCCCGCCCACCGUCCACAUCCGCGUCCAGCAGUCACUCCCAUCGGACGAAAAUGCUACAGGAUUUGGCAUCAGCACCUUCUCUUCCGCUACUCAUACGCAAACACAGUCGCAUUCGCACUCACAUUCGCACUCGAAUUUGCAUUCGCACUCGCGUGCAGCGCGAUCUCAUGCGCAUUCAAAUUCUAUGGGGACGUCCGCGUCACAUCCCGCUUCCGAUGACUCCUUCAUGUGGGUAGCCCCGGGUGCCCCCAGCGGCGGACAUAAACGGACACAAUCGCUCGGCAAGUCUGCUCUGCGGAUCGUGCGUAACACUGCGAACAGCGCGGCGAAUUUUUGCGGAUUCAGUCCGGGAGACCCGAGAGAGCCUGGUAUCGCUUCACCUGUGUACGAGAAUGGUUGCUUGGAAGGUGCACUUCGGAGCGAAGGAACGCGCGUCAUUCGAUUGCGAGAUCAGAUACGCAUGGAGGAGAGGAACGGAGAGGGUGAGGGCGUCGUAUUGAUUACUCCUGCCCCAGCAUCAAAUGUUGGGCUGCGCACAGACGCAGCAGGGCCAAGCAGAAUGAACGGGAUAUCACCCACUCCUUCUGGUUCUGGGGAGGGUGUAGGUAUCGCAAUUUCCACGCCCCCGCAUUCGGACGAUCAUCAUGAGCGUCUUAGGAUCCCUGCGCAUCCGUAUGCACAGGUCGGCAACUAUGUCUACCGUCAGCCCAUAGUCGUUGAUAAGACUGCAGCGAGUGUACCUUCUGUCUCGCAGGCAGACACAGCAGCGGUUGAGGACGGCUUAAAUAGGCAUCGGCAACCGGUCCAUCCAUAUUCACCAUAUGCUAAAGGUCUUCAUCCAUACGCCGUUUCCGGUGCGAGCAAUGCCAGGCAGCAUCCACCCGCAGCCUCAAACACCUCAAUGUUUGCGGAGAUUAGCACUGGUCACAUCCGCGAGAUACUGCCCGACGAGAUCAAAUAUUCGCCGUUGACUCCGACGGGUCCUUCCCCUCCGCCUAUGCCAUCGCCUCAGGACAACCAGGAAGCGAAUGCCUCUGAGCGAUCCGAGCAUUCGCAUCCAUAUGGCCCGCAAUCCAGACGGACAAGUGAAUGGGGCUUCGCUGAUGCGUUGACACAUACCCUUGGACGGGCGAAGAGCGGCGAUAAUGAUGAGAUGGAUGGACUGACCCCACCCAGCAUGUCUGUCGCGCAGAUACUUGUCAGUGGUCCACAGCAGGAGGAGCCCCCGCCUGUUCCAUCCGUCCCGAUUCCAAAGCAGACUUCGUCUUCCUCGCGAAGCCGCAUUGAUAUCUCACGCGAACCGACGCACCUGUCGAAUCACACCGUGUCAUCGUCCAUGGGGAGCAUCAACCCAGCCAUGUUCCGUCGUACACAUUCCGCCCAUUCUUCAGCUUUCUUGCACGGAAACUCAUCCAGGUCGUCGCCAGGCAUGAUCUCCCACGACUCAUCUCCUCCCCUUUCACCGCGGCCUUUGAACGCACCCGAUGAUCUGGAGCGAUUUCGCGAUCUCUUCUACCACCCUCCCGACAGGAGCAGAACACCAUCAGACGAUGGUAUCGCCCGUCCUGUUCCCUCGCGUCAGGCGAGCGGGACUAUACCUAUUGAUUUUGGCUCUGAGCGGACUGUGAGUGGGCUCACUACACUAGCGCGCCAGCUAAGUGAAGAUCUGGAGGAGCUGCGAGACCUCGCGAGGGACUCGUAUGAAAGCGGAGAGGCUACAUCGCCUAUGUGGGGCAGGCGCUUUGGUGGGCUCCACGGUGAGCGUCCUGACGAUUUACGUGAAAAUCCCAAUGUGGUACUGUCACAGAGUCCUAGCGGUUCGAACUCGUCACCCGAGACUAGUUCUCGUCUAGGUCUUCCCCUCGAUCGAAGUUUGUCUUUAAUGGGUCCCACAAUCAACGUACCCGAGGACGUUGCAUCCUCACGAGCGUCUUCUGUGCUAGAGUCGCCCUUGCAAGAGGAAGAGGAAGCUGAAGAGUCGCUGCGUCUUGGGACUGUCGAAGUACUGUCGACCCCACCUCCUUUCGAGACUACUCAUCGAUUUUCAACGCGUCUGUCACUCAUCGGCUACGCACGAGGCGGGCGUGAUGAACCGCAGACUGUGUCCCUGCGACCUUCCCGGAUUAGCUCACAACCAUCCAGCCUGGGUGCCCCACCAUCUUCUGAUGCUGCGCGUUCCAGCUUCAUGACUGCCGACACGAAUGUGUCGCGCAUGUCUGGGCUUUCCGACUUCCCUGCGCCGCCUACCGACGUCACUCCUGAAAAUAUGUCGGUGCUCAACACUUAUUUCGAGGAACGCCCCCAGAGCCAGUCCGACAAACCGUUCAAUACCUCCCUCCUCUCUCGGCCUCCUCCUACACUUGUUCGGGAAUCUAGUCGGGGCACGUUUGGCCGACAAAACGACGCAGGCGAGGCGUUGUAA